AUGGAUACCUAUUUCUCUGUUCAUAUUUAGUAAAUUAUAUCCGAGGAGAUAAUUACUAAAGGAUAGGAGGGAAGAUAGCAUUUUACCUGGUAAUAAAUUCCGUUUGAACUAGAGAAAUGUAAAUCUGAGAGAUUAGGUGGUAAUAAUCAAACAUAAGACCUAGAAACAAUGUGGUGUCCAAAAAAUUUCACAAUUUAACUCUAGGGUAAUAUAGCUAGCAAGACGAGGAAAAUGGUUGUAGUAGAGAUUCAUUAUUGUGAAUAGAAUGUUUUGGAUAAACUCUAGCCUGGUAUAAAGUGCAAAUCUAAAAGUGAAAGCGAUCAAAUGAUUACUAAAACGGUAAUUGCAAUUAUUCACAAAGAAUAAUAUUUUGAUAGUGCUGAGUUUGAUAAUAAUCCAUUGAAAAACACAGUCUAAGUAUAUCCAUUUGAACUAUAGAAAAAUGCAUCUCAAAUGACCUACUUCAAAAUAAGCAGAAAUCAGCUUUAACUAAAAGAUUCAUGGUUUAGUAAUUAAUUUGAAGAACAAUCAUAAGAAUUUUACAAGAUAAGGCAAUAAAUGUCAACAAUAAGCUCUCAUUAUGAAUCUUAUAAUACUUUGACAGGGGUGUAGUAUUUCAUGGAUGAAAAUGUUUAAACAAUUCAAAGAUCCACUGACACUAUUAUGGAUGCAUUUUCGCAAUAGAUAAACUUGGAUAUUGGUUGCUUUACAUUAUCAGAUGUUUUGUAUCGCGAAAGCAUUUCAAAUACAUGA